CCCGCGGGUACCGUCCGCUCCGCUCCGGCGGCGGCGGCGGCGGCGGGAGACCGGGAGGACCCCGGGACUCGGACCCCGGCGUCCCGGCGGCGUCGGCGUCCAGUUCCAUUUUUGGCUCGUCCCCAUGGAGGGGACCUUGGAGUCCCAGACGCCUGACCUGCGGGACGUGGAGAGCAAGGUGGGCAGGAAGACCCCGGAGGGGCUGCUCCGCGGGCUGCGGGGCGAGUGGGAGCCGGGGCCCCGCGGUUCCCCGCCGCCCCCGGGGGCGCCCAGUUCCGGCCCCGGCCUGGGGGACAAGAUCAUGGCGCUGAGGAUGGAGCUGGCUUCCCUGCGAGUCAUCGAUGUGAAAAUCCUGCAGCAGCUGGUGACCUUGAACGAGGGCAUCGAGGCCGUGCGCUGGUUGUUGGAGGAGCGGGGGAUGUUGACCAGCCAUUGCAGUAGCCUCACCAGCAGCCAGUAUAGCCUGACAGGCGGGAGCCCAGGCCGCUCACGGCGAGGCAGCUGGGACAGCCUGCCGGACACCAGUUCCACUGACCGGCUGGAUAGUGUCUCUAUUGGCAGCUUCUUGGACACCGUGGCCCCCAGAGAGCUGGAUGAACAGGGUCCCCCUGGGGUUCCUUGUCCAGAGAUGGACUGGGCAAAGGUCAUACCUGGUGAAGAGAGGGCCAGGACUGAGGUGGACCUGACAGCCACCCAACUAGGGAGCUUGAGGGCUGUGUGGAUGCCCUCAGGGGAGGGGUUCCAAGGUGGACCCCUGGAGCCACCAGAGGACCAGAGUACCAAGCUGGGUUUUGAGGCCCACUGGUACUGGGGACAGGGCCAAGAUGAUGUGACCUUCUUGUAACAACUUUGUCCUCCUCAUCUUUUCAUCCCUAGGCCUUGGUCUUCCUCAAAAAUGUAUAGAUUGCACUGCCAUCAAUUACCAUGGAAAUUUGGUCCCUAGGGAGUCUCUGCCUUUAUCCUUAAUCAUUGUGUCCCCAGCUAUUUUCGUAAAGACACUGAGGCCUAACCUGUGGCUCUUGGUGUGAAGGUAUUUCCAUACCCCUCUGGCAAUGAGGUAAGGAUUUAAGAAAUUGAGGACAACCCCCCUCACCCCCCACCCAGGGGAUUGCCAAUGAAGAAAUGAGGGUGAACAAUCAUCACAGUCAAGUCUAGGAGGAGCCUGGGUUUCCUUCUAAUCAAGAUAGAGGAUUAAAGAGGGAGUUGGCAUUCA